UGCCGUACGGCCGUUAAAAGUGUCGUGAUGACCCGAGCGUUAAAUACGAGCGACCAGAAAGCGGAAGGCAGAAGUGGGGGAUGAGCUGUUGUGUCAAGAUGUCUGAGCCUAUUAGAGUUCUGGUGACCGGUGCUGCAGGGCAGAUUGCCUAUUCCCUCUUGUUGAGCAUUGCCAAAGGAGAUGUCUUUGGCAGUGAUCAGCAAGUUGUCUUGCUCCUUUUAGACAUCGCACCCAUGUUGCCRGUUCUGGAAGGUGUUGUAAUGGAACUGCAGGACUGUGCCCUCCCACUUCUGAAAGAAAUUAUUCCCACAGACAAGGAGGAGGUGGCAUUUAAGGACCUCGAUGUGGCCAUCCUGGUGGGCUCAAUGCCCAGGAAGGAGGGGAUGGAGAGGAAGGACCUGCUCAAAGCCAACGUGGCCAUCUUUAAAAGCCAGGGAGUUGCUUUGGAGAAAUAUGCCAAGAAGACCGUCAAGGUUCUGGUUGUGGGAAACCCUGCCAACACCAACUGUCUGGUUGCAGCCAAGUCUGCUCCCUCCAUCCCCAAKGAGAACUUCUCCUGCCUCACCCGUCUGGACCACAACCGGGCUCGCUCUCAGGUGGCAAUGCGCUGCGGUGUUCCUGCCUCUCAUGUGAAGAAUGUCAUUAUCUGGGGCAACCACUCGUCCACUCARUACCCAGACGUGCAUCACUGCAAGGUCAACAUGUCCGGCAGUGAGCUCGCCUGCUUUGACGCAGUGAAGGAUGAUGCCUGGCUCCAAGGAGAGUUCAUAGCUACAGUUCAACAAAGAGGUGCUGCAGUCAUCAAGGCCAGGAAGCUGUCCAGUGCCAUGUCUGCAGCCAAGGCCAUCUGUGACCACCUGAGGGACAUUUGGUUCGGCACCCCGGAGGGUGAGUUCACAUCGAUGGGUAUCUACUCUUCUGAAAACUCCUAUGGAGUCCCAGGAGACCUCAUCUACUCUUUCCCUGCCCAGAUCAAGGACAAGACCUGGAAGAUUGUGGAGGGUCUGACGAUCAAUGACUUUUCUCGGUCGAAGUUGGACGCCACGGCGGCCGAGCUGAUGGAGGAAAGAGACACAGCUGUGUCUUUCCUGGGCGUAUGACUAGGCCCGCCGCUGCAGCACACAGACGGCCUCAAAACUCCAGAGGCACGCCUGUGACGAAGCCCGCCGUCAAGCUCCUUCAUCCCUGCAUGCAGACAGUCAGUCUUUAUGAGUGUAAAGAUGGAUUUAUAUUUGUGCGUAAAAUUGGCAUCAGCUUUGAGCCCAGACUUAUUCUGUCAUCUAGGAAAAAACAAACAUAUCUUUGCUUUGGAAGCAAGUGGCUGAACAGAAUUAGUCUCUUUUUUUUUAAUAGACAGCAGAGCAGCUACAUACUGUAAAGCAUAAAUAUAAAUCCACCUAUAGUUACAGUUAUUUCUAAACUUCAUUCUGUGGAGGAGAGUAUAUGAAUGACUACAUAUUGUCAGUGAUGCAAUAAGUCUUCAAACACUGUAAUGGAUAACAUACCAAUAAAAAAAAUAAACAAUGUA